GUUGGUCGAAUUGUUAAUUUUUUAGCUGAUAAGAGACGUCCUGCCUUGAUCACUCUCAAGAUGCAGUUCUAUGUGACUGAAAAUCCUCCGGCUGUGGAGAAAAUCAAACUGAAGCACAGGGAAAUUAUGAAGCAAAAAACUUCUAGGCUCUCUAAAGAAAUCUUCGAUGGUAGUCCAAAGACCAAAGAAGAGCGCGCAAGGUUAUUGAGGAAAAUUGUUGUGGAUCUCGUGGUGAAUAACAGCAUAGGGAGUCCGGCAAAUGAGAGAGUCCUGGAAGAGACUGAAGCAGCUCUCAAGAGCGUCAUCUCUGAAAGCGACAUAACCACCUUUGCAUGCUUGAGAAGGGUCGACAAGGUCAGAACGCUAGAAGAUCUGAGGAAGAUUGUGUGUGGUAUUAGGGUGUUCAACAGCGAUGCUGGACACUGUGGCGAGGGCAUUGUCAAUUUGGCUGAAAUCGUUGAAAAAGCCCUCGAAACUACCGUAAGUCUUUUAAAUGCGUCUCUAGAAAAUAUUAAGAAAAGAACAAGGACAUAUUUCGCCCUCCUGGCAACGUGUUUAACUCCCAAAGGGAUCAAAUUGCAAUCUUCAUGUUCUGCAGAGCUCUUCGAUGUACUCAAAGAAAUCGGGAUUCUUUCUGUACAGCACGAAAGCUUCCUCAAUUCUAUCCAUUCCCUUGUGCUAUCUUUCAAAUUUGAUGUCUUCCGGACACUGGAUUCCUUCAGGAAUCUCCUGAAGUGCAUCCAUGAAAAGGUCAAAUAUCGAACAGCGAUUCCCACUGAUGAAAUCUACCCAAAAUUCAAAGACUUGGGCAUUCUUUGGAUGGAACUCCAGGACUGUGUAUAUGUUCUGUCGGAAGUUAAUCUCAUGAAUGACCAUUUGGCAUAUUUUGCCGAUAGAACAAAUAAUUACGAUGACAUUGUAAAUGGGAUUCUUCCAAAAGCACCAGAAGAUGAAGAAACUAAUAAAAAUGUUCCAAAGGAGGAAAAGAUAUCAAUUCCCACGCAUUUGAAGGCAUUUAAAUUAAUUGAAGAAAUAGCCAAAAAUAAGAUUGCUUUUGCAGGCUUCUGCCCUUGGGCUCUGGCACAUGGGAUUUUGCUACCGGGAAAUGAAUCUCUGGGAAUUAUUGAAUUCAGAGAAUCGUAUUAUACGUUUUACUCAAAGGACUUUGCUGAAGUUGCAUUGGGUCAAAUGUCUUCCGUGGAGAGAAAAAUCUCCAAUGAAAUUUUACAUCAUCCGGAAAUAAGGAUUUUCUGGGAGUUUCAUGGCAAGGACGGGCAUUCAAAGACUGAAAAUGUGAUCAAGAGUGAAAAAAUUGAUCAAGAAAUGCAAACAGAACUCCAUCCCAUUCCAACUUUCUUCGACAGGAAUCACAUUUCGCGGUCCAGGGAUAAGAAAGUAAUCUGCCACUCUACCCAGACCCUGAGGGAGUCCUGCACGCAAACUGUUGAGGUGGAGGACAAAAAUAUCCAGACCAAUUAGUAGUAUACAUAGAGAAGCCUUAACCCAAGGGGGAGAUAUUAGGGUUAGAAGUGGUGUACAGUUGAAAAUGAAGUGCUUGGAAGUCUUUGGAAGUGGAAGUGCCCGAAUAUAAAGUCUUUUCUGCCUAAAUUCCAUAUUUUUCCGACUACGCUACUUUUUGUUAAGAUUUUUAAUUCGAACGGUAGUGUACAGUAGACUCUUCGUUAUCCGGCUGACUGGGGGACAAAAUGACAUUUAGGUUUUUUGAAUGAUCAACGGUUUUUCUAUUUUGUGCAGUGUGAAUUUAUUUUCUGUCUGACAAAGAAAAAGAGAAUUUUCUUCAUGGUGUGCUUAUGUUUCAUUUUUUAUCACAAUUAUGUAUUAAAAACUUCGAUACAAUGUUAAUAAUACUUUAAUUCACUCUGGACAAACUUCAUGUUUAGUGAAAAUAAUUUUGAAUAUAUCAACCGCCAGUGUUUGGCAGCUGUCACCCGGAUAGCGAAGUGCCGGAUAACGAAGAGUUGAGUGUAAUUUGAAAAGAUCUUUUUUUGACAUUUUACAAGUUGGGUUAUGACAAUGAAAUGGAGAAAUAAAUAUACUCAAAACUCAAAUUUAUUACAGCUUAUAAUUUGUGUUGUAAUUUUUCCGAGGAAAUAUUCUGCUGAAUAAUAGUUUUCUUUAAUUUUUAUAGUUAUUUCAAAUUCAUAUAGUUGCUCACAACCCAGCGAGGACCAAAUGCUAACCUAUUUCAA